GAAUGCUCUGCUCAGGUAGUUUCCUGAGAGAUAAAGGACUCUUGGAGCUGGACACGGAGGCUAUCAGGAUGCCAGCCCUCCGUAAAGGCUGGGAGCGGGUGUGGGGGUUCCACCGUGAAGUAUUUACAGAAUACUAAAGGGCCAGCGACGCCCUGGGAAUCCAGUGCAGGCCCUGCUCUCAGCUCACUGCAAAGGCUGGUCUCCACACUCAUCUUUUAAUUUUGAAAGCCUCAGAACACCUGGACCACUUCUUUGGAAAACUGUUCUACCAGCAACAAGUCAUUCACUGCGAUCCUGUUGAGCAUAGCCACAUCUGAGUUUUCCAAGUCUAAACAGGACUGCCUCUGAUUUUCCCAUGAAGCUGCAUUAUUGUCUGUCCAUCUUACUGGUGGUCACUUUUGUGCCAACUGCUCUGGUUUUGGAAGAUGUGGCUCCACUGGGAACGAAUCAGAGUUCUUACAAUGCAUCAUUUCUUUCGAGCUUUGAACUCUCGGCAGGUUCCUACUCAGGUGAUGAUGUCAUCAUAGCCAAAGAGGGAACAAAUGUUUCACUGGAGUGUCUUCUCACGGUGGAUCAGUAUGGAGAAGUCCACUGGUACAACUCGAAAGGACGGCAGCUGCAUAGCAGAGGUGGAAAAUGGUUGGUUUCUGAUAACUUCCUAAAUAUCACCAGCGUAGCCUUUGAUGACCGUGGGCUCUACACAUGCAUCAUCACUUCUCCCACUCGUGCUUCCUACUCGGUCACCCUCCGUGUGAUCUUCACCUCUGGAGACAUGAGUGUGUACUAUAUGGUCGUCUGCCUGAUCGCCUUCACAAUCACACUCAUCCUGAACGUCACUCGGCUGUGCCUGAUGAGCACCCACCUCCGCAAGACUGAGAAGGCCAUCAACGAGUUCUUCAGGACCGAGGGUGCUGAGAAGCUCCAGAAGGCCUUUGAGAUUGCAAAGCGUAUCCCUAUCAUCACCUCAGCCAAAACCCUCGAGCUUGCCAAGGUCACACAGUUUAAGACUAUGGAGUUUGCCCGCUAUAUUGAGGAACUGGCCAGAAGCGUCCCUCUCCCACCCCUUAUUCUCAACUGCCGGGCCUUUGUUGAGGAAAUGUUUGAGGCUGUGCGAGUGGAUGACCCUGAUGAGAUGGGAGAAAGAAUUAAGGAGAGACCUGCUUUAGACGCUCAAAGUGGCAUCUAUGUGAUUAACCCAGAGCUAGGCCGAAGUAACUCGCCCGGUGGAGAUUCAGAUGAUGGCUCUCUAAGUGAACAAGGACAGGAGAUAGCAGUACAGGUGUCUGUCCACCUUCAGUCAGAGACCAAAAGCAUUGGGACAGAUUCUCAAGACAGCAGUCAUUUUAGCCCACCCAGUGACCCUGCAUCGGCUGAGGGUAGCACUCACCACAGAGAAUGAGCAUGUGGCAACUGACAGCUUGCCCAGUGCUCAGGAAAGAGCCUGCUGUGAGAACAUAACAUUAUUGUAAAAUGACCAGGGUCUUCCCUUUAACCUUAAGCACACCACAGCAUGAAUUGCCAAAGUCAUCGUGAAAGGGCAGCAUUUUUCUAAUAUUUGGUCAUUUUCCUUAAGGUUGCUGGAGUGAUAUGUGUUAAGAUUGAAAGGUGAGAGGCCCUGAGUAAGACUUCUGGUCACAGUUUUUCUUUGGCUCAUGUGUGACACAUUGAAGCCUAAGUUUCCCUAUCAAUGGAAUCAGUGACUUGUUCUCAUUGAGUUGAGACUUAAACCCAAACUUCCUACCUAUUUCACCUCUAAGUCAGAUUCUCACUAGACCUUUGGUCCAUCCAAAGACUUUAUUCUGCACUCUAGUCGUCUACACCAAUGCCAGACAUGGAGAUACUCUGCCCUGGGGAGUGAACAUGUGCUGGGCAGAUCUUUUAAGUGAGGCACCACUGUGUUACACAGAUCUAGAGAGUAAAUUUUGAUGAGAAAAUCAUUCUCACUGGGUGUGGUAGCACAUGCCUUUAAUUCCAGGCAGAGAUAGGCAGAUUCCUGAGUUCUAGGCCAGCCUGGUCUAUGGAGCAAAUCCAGGAUAGCCAGGCUACACAGAGAAACCCUGUCUUUUAAAAAAAAAAAAAAAAGGAUGGGGAGUGGGGGAGAAAAAGUCACUCUCUCCAUGAGAAAUGUAUUCUUCUUGGGAGUACAUCCUGUCUUUUUAGCUUAUCUUUACCUUUAGUCCAUCGAGCUGGCCUUGAUGUCCCCAAGGAAAAAUGUUUUCGGUGUUUUGUGAACAAGAACUAUGUCAAGUCACCUCUCUGGAAAAUCAUCAAUUUUGAUACUUUUUAAUAAUGUCUCAGGCUUUCUCUUUUUAGAUGUACUAAAUUCCCAGGUGGAUUCUGUGUAGGUCUAGAACUGCAGAAUCCGCAGUAGUGCCCAACAGCAAGCACCCCUGCCCCCUGUGUUCUUCAACCUGGUGCUAGAGGUGAUACACCUCCUCUUGUCUUGCCGAGACUCGUUGUUGUUAGUAUUUUGGUUCUUCAGAUGCAUCCUUUUGACUGAGGGCUCUUUUGUAGCCUUUCUUGAAGCACCUACCUGAAAUCAGAUGAGAUCAUUGUGCUCAGUUCGUUAUUGUAUUAAAAACAGGCAAUCGACCCAAGGGAGAAACGACAAGUGGUGGUGCUGCCCGCCUCGUCGGGGUACAGUAAGCACUGACGCUGGCACUUCCCGCUGACUGAGAGCGACAUGACAGAUUGUAGGUAGUCUUCACAAUCCUUUCCUCAGCUGCAGGAAGCUCAUGCCAUAGAAUUUUAACAUCGUGGCUGUGGAGCUCAAUGCAAUGCUUCACUUCAUUUGGCUUCUGGUUGUGGGAGAUUUGCUUCAGCUAGAAGGUCCUGAGGGAAAUGUGCAGAGGAGGUGUUCAUCGGAAUUUAAUUUAAAGUGUCAAACAAACAGAGGACAGCAGGAAAUUCAAAGUGUAACCAGUGAGCUCAGUGCCUGCCUUUGUCAGGCUCAUCAGAUACAUACGACACCUCCGCUCUGGACAAUGUGAAUGAAUCAGUGUGCAGCUUCAUCAAGUGGCAUAUGGAUAAUAUGGUAAUGCUGCCUUUUCUGUCUCUCAGGCUGUUUCCAUGGAAACCUUCAGAGCCAAACAAAAGCUACCAAUCAUUCAACCAAAAAGCUUGCCUUGGCUCAGAGAUGUGAGUUUCUUUAAGGAAAGCUGUUUUCAUACAUUUGGCUGUAGAAUAAGGGCUCUUAGACAUACCCUAAGUUACAGAACAUGUUUUCCCUUCUUACUGUUCUCUGGACAUAGUAAAUUUUUAAAAAUCUAUUCUGUGGGAUCAGUCUCCUGAAUUUCUCUCAGAUCUAUAGUUCCUCACCUGAUAAAGCAAGAUCUGGGUCACUUCUUCAAUGAAGUCUGUUGCCUUAAAUACUGAUUUUACCCCCACAUGUUCCUAGAAGGGACAUUAAUGUCUUGAACUUUAAGGUAAACAUAUUUAAUGACCAGAGUUUCAGAAAAUGAUACUUUGCAAAAAUGGAAAAUACCAAAACAGUUAGGUAAGCUUACAGAAUUCAUACAGGCCACUCCACCAUAGCCUGGGUCAGUCAUCACAGAAACAUAAAACAGACACUCGAUAUGGGGAAACACAGCUAUAAUCCCAGUACCUGGGAGGCAAGGGCAGAAUGAUUACAAGUGCUAAACCAGCCUGAGCUAUCUAACAAGGUCCUGUCUCAAAAAGCUAACCAAUAGGUGUGUAUUUGAGGGUGAGGUGUCAGUCUUCCUGUGUGCGCCAAGCCUGGACUUGAUCCAGUGGUCCUAACUGGUGGCCAGUGCAACUGCCCUGCUUUGAGCCUUUCAAGUUCUGUCAAAAUAGGAUAGGUCAAACUCAAGAAGAGUAGCAGACUUGUAAAAUCUACUUUUCAAAGUGAAGAGGACAACUGUUAAUAUUUUCUGUGUCUAAUCAAACCAAAUGGAUUUAACAGUCUCCUCUGUUUGUAGAAACUUAGAGCCACCGUCUGAACGUCUGCUCCCAGCU